UUCCUUGGUCCCUUUUCUUAAAAUGCCCUCCCUCCUCUCUCCCUCCCUCUGGAGGCUCGUGACUGUCUCACCUGUCUCUUUACUUCUACCUGAGAGUCACCGGAGCUGCACGCGCCCUGCGCACGGGAUAUUUUGUAUCUUUAAUUAAAGAAUAAGCUCAUCAAGUCUGAACAGCAGCUUCCGAGCUGAAGGAUCCGAAACAGAACUGUGGACGACUGGGCCAGGAUCAGGACGAUGUCCCGAGCUGAGGAGCGCGACGACGUGGACUGCGUGUGCUCUGUCGGAAUGAAGUUGACAUGGGACAUCAAUGACCCGAAACUACCACAGGACACAAAGCAGUUCGACCCGUUCCAGGAGUGGACGGAUGGGUAUGUUCGGUACAUCUACAGCGCGGAAGACAAGAACGCUCAGAGACACCUGUCCGGCUGGGCCAUGAGAAACACCAACAAUCACAACUGUCAGAUCCUGAAGAAGUCCUGUCUGGGUGUGGUGGUCUGUUCUCGAGCCUGUGCGCUGCCUGACGGAUCCAGACUGCAGCUGCGCCCCGCCAUCUGUGAUAAGGCCCGACAGAAACAGCAGAAGAAGCUGUGUCCGAGCUGUAACGCCACCCUGGAGCUGUUGCCCUGUCGUGGCCACAGUGGUUACCCUGUCACCAACUUCUGGAGAGUUGAUGGAAAGGCCAUCUUCUUCCAGGCUAAAGGGGUCCAUGAUCAUCCCAGGCCAGAGUCCAAGUCCGAGACGGAAGCCAGAAGAAGCUCAGUGAAGAGACGAGUCAGUUCGCCUCCGUUCACACCUAAAAGACGACUCAUUGAAACACAGGCUCUGGGCCCCACCCUCCUCUCCUGUGUUGAGCCAGCAGACAGAAUCUCCUUCAUCGAACCAAACGUCCCACAGCAUUACCCAGCAUUCCAGAGCCCAGAGCCCUACUACAACCCCCACAGUGCACUGGGAGAGACCCCACCCACACUGCAGAAACCAGCCAAUCCAAGGCUUUACAUGGGUCGGCCCAGCUAUGAAUUCCAGGGAUACCUGACCUCGCCUUCAUAUCCCGUGACCUCUGACCUCUGUGACCCCCGAGUGGCCCCUGUCCUGGGUUGUUCGUCCUCCUCUUCAUCGUCGGCUCCUCUCUCCUCCUCCUCUUCUUUUGACCCCCAGUCGAAGCCUCCUCCAAGCUGGAAGGAGCUGUUAAAAGGCUCCACCCCCUAUAGUGACAACCACCAUUACUACAGUGCAGAGUACCCCUGCCGUUUCCCCGGUAAUGCCCCAGGGUCCCCUGCAGCACUGCAGACCAUCAUCACCACAACAACCAAGGUCUCCUACCAACCCUGUCCAAAACCUCCUGCACCACCCCCUCCUUAUCAGUCAUGUCCCAAACCUCCAGCUGGACUCUCAUCCUACCAGCCCUGCUCCACCCCCAAACUCCCAGGUCUCCCCAGCUGCUCCUCCCUAAUGGACGAUGCCUCCGCCUCCUCAUACUCCACUGAGGUCAAGGUUACAGAGGAGUCUGGCGGAGUCAUCAAGUCUCUGUCAAUUCAACCUGAACCUCUGCAAACCAAAACAGAGCGGGCUGACGGCUACGACUACCGCUAUGCCUACCCCAACACAUACCGCUACGAUGACUACUAAUGCAGCACUACCUCUACAUGGUCACUACCAUUACUGCUACUACUGCCACUUCCAAAACAGAUGCUGUACCUGUCCAUACCUGCUGGUACAUCUGGACGAAUCAGGAAUUGAGAGGAUGAUGUGGUCCAUGAAAAAAGACAUUCAUGGAGUCCUCACUUGUUCUCAAAAUUUCCUUCCAGUGACCCCCUUUUCAAGACAAAAACUGAAGAGAUCGCUCACAUUAAAACUUAAAUUUUUAAACAGUCAAACUGGAUCUCAGGAACCAGGAUCCUGUUUGAGAAGAAAGCCUCAACACAAGGCUCAAUUUACUGGGUGUUUCUGCAGCUUUCAGACAGAGGCUGUUGCCUUCCUCAGUGAAUGGAGUUUUUCACUUCUCAGUUAAUGGUGGUUGUGUCAGGUCUUAGAGUCCCCAGAAAUGAGUUGUGUCAUGUUUUGUAGAGUCCCCCAAAAUGUGCUGUGUCACCUCUUUUUGUGUCCCCAGGAGUGGGUCACGUGAGAACAAACAAAACCAUCCCCAUUUGCAAGUGAGUGACUGCCGAGUAGACAGUGAACACCCAGAAACCUGAAUCUUGUGAUGGCAGUUUUUGUCCAAAGUUCAGGAUUCUGUCAUUUUGAGACAGAGAGAGGUCUUCAGGUUUAUAUAACACAUGAUCUAAUUUAGUGUUUCUGCUUUCAGAAAUGAGUAAACAACACACAGGAUGUUAGAUGUUUCUGUUAUUUAUUGAAUCAGAUAGACUUUCAGCUUAAACUGGGCUGUCUGUAAUUGAAAGAACAAACUGAAUAAAACUGAUGUGGAUUGAAGUCUCACAUUACACAAACUGUUGGACAGACUCAGUUUUUCUGUUUGAUUCUGAGGAGACUCAUUUUUUACGAAAAACUAGAACCACAAUGGAAACAUUUUCCCCAAUUAAUGCAUGAAGAAAUGGUGUAACACCCCUUUGAAAGUAUAUUUUUGGUGUGUCUUUCAACAAAACUGUUAGAUUACCACCCCAUGGUUGUUUCAAUUUGUUCU